CGAAUGACACGUCCAAUUACUGAAAAUUGCCGACUCGUCGAAUGUUGCAGGAAGAAGAAGAUCUGUCAUAGGGCACCACAUCCUAUUAUUAUUAUUAUUAAAUAAUCAAAAAGUUAAACCACUCCAUUCUUUGUUUCAUGUUUCAUCAAUCUUUCUUUAACAAUCCCUUUCACUUUCUUUAAUAAAUAACCCCCAAAAAUCAACUGACAAUACCCACAUUCUAAUCCUCUGUCUCUGUCUCUAUCUCGGUGUAUCUAUCUUUGCCAUUUUUCAAAGAUUAUGAUCCUGUUUACUGGGAUUUUGUGUUUGUGAUCUGGGUUUCAAGAAAGAUUGCAUCUUUGCAGAUCUUUAUGAAGUGGGUAUGCUUUAUUGUUUGUAUCUUGAUUUUCUUGAUUGAAUUCAGGUUUGAAUCUUUGUUCAAGAACAGAUGGAUGUGAAGCAUGAUUCAGUUAUUUAUCAUGUGGGCAUUGUCUUGUUUCUGAUUUGGUUGCUAUCUUCUUUUGAUUGCUGUCACCCAUUGGUUUACUUCCUGUCAUUCAUCUAUCUGUAUAUGGUUCAUGAUCGGUGUGGUAUGAGAUUGAGAAGAAGGGUGCAGUUUGAGGAGAGAAAGCAGGCUAACCAGAAGAGGGUUCUUUCGGAUUCCGAAUCAGUACGGUGGUUGAACCAUGCUAUUGAAAGGAUCUGGCCUAUAUGUAUGGAAGAUAUUUUAUCACAGAAGAUUCUGACCCCAAUUAUACCUUGGUUCUUGCAGAAGUAUAAGCCAUGGACUGUUAAAGAAGCUGUGCUUCAGAAUCUAUACCUUGGAAGAUCUCCACCGAUGUUUACAGAAAUGAGAGUUUGUCGUCAAUCCACCGGUGAUGAUCAUUUGGUUCUCGAGUUAGGGAUGAAUUUCCGGGCCGCAGAUGACAUGAACGCGAUACUUGCUGUGAAAUUGACCAAAAGAUUAGGGUUUGGAAUGUGGACGAAGAUGCAUUUGACGGGAAUGCAUAUUGAAGGAAAGGUGUUAGUUGGAGUUAAGUUUCUUUCAACAUGGCCUUUUCUUGGGCGGUUGAGGGUGUGCUUUCUUGAACCACCGUACUUUCAGGUGACCGUCAAACCUAUAUUUGCUCACGGGUUUGAUGUUACUGAACUACCCGGGAUUGCUGGAUGGCUGGAUAAACUUCUUACACUUGCAUUCGAGGAGACGCUUGUUGAGCCUAAUAUGUUGGUAGUGGAUGUUGAAAAACUUGUUUCACCUCAGCCAGAAUUUUGGUUUUCUGUUGACGCGAAAGAGCCUCUGGCUUACGCCUUAGUGGAGAUCGUUGCCGCAUCAGACAUGAAACCUUCCGACAUGAAUGGGCUAGCUGACCCUUAUGUAAAGGGUCAACUUGGUGCUUACAGAUUUCGAACCAAAACACAAAGGAAAACACUAUCUCCAAAAUGGCAAGAAGAAUUCAAGAUCCCAAUUACUACAUGGGAAUCACCCAAUCUUCUAAUCAUACAAGUCCGUAACAAAGAUCACUUUAUUGAUGACAUCCUAGGUGACUGUUCUAUAAAGAUCAACGAUCUUAGAGAUGGCCAGAGACACGACAUGUGGUUACCUCUUCAAAACAUCAAAACAGGAAGAUUACAUAUCACGAUACAAGUAAUCGAAGUUGACACGAAGGUAACCGAACAACCAUGUGACGCUGAUGCAUCGGCGAGUGAGUUGAACGAAGAUUCUCCCGCAAGUGACCCAUCCCAGAAAGAAAUCCGGCCUGGUCCAGUGGCGGAUGACUUUGAACCCAUUGACGUUGAAGGUCAACGAGCGACUGGCAUAUGGGUUCACCAUCCGGGCACAGGAGUCCCGCAAGUUUGGGAGCCCCGAAAGGGGAAAACGCGGGUACAAAAAGGUAGCGAGUCGGUGGGUAGUAGCACAAAAUCGGGAUCGUUUCCAGAUGAUCUUAGUUUCUCCGACGACAGCCUUGAAGGUAGUAACAAAACAAGUGCAAGAAACCGGGUCAAGCGAGGGUUGAGUAAGAUUGGGUUAGUAUUGAACCGAACCCUUAAAACGGAUAAUGAUCGACUUAAAGGUUUUAAGAAAACGGAUACCGAUAACAACUGGGAAUCGCAGUCUCCAUCUCCAUGCCAAAACGUCAGGGCGGUUAAUGAAAACGGGGUCACGGUUAACUUGGUCAUGGAAGAAAACAUGUUGUCACCGGGUCAGGACCCGAAACUGGAUGAAAGUGGGCCCGAAAGCGCGAACAACGGGAAAGUGAAAGAUGUGGCGAAACGUAUUCUGAAACGCGCUGGAAACUCAGCUCGAAGUAUGAAACAUGUGUUUUCGGGUAAAGGGUCUAGAAUGAGGAGAGACGCUGACAUGGCGGUGGAAUCGGAUUCUUCGUUUGAUGGUUCGAUUCCAUCCCCUGUUUACGGAGAAGUGAGUCCACGUGUCACUGAGGAGACGGUUGAUGAAGAUGAAGAUGAUAUGGAGGAAUUUGUUAACAGUUUACAAGGGGAUAAUGAAACACCUAUUGAUAACAAUCAUGAAAGCCCAUUAGUUCAAUCUUGACAUUAAAAGAUUACCCUUUGUUGUACUUUCUUUUUUCUUAAACAUAUGUAAAUGGGAAGUGUUAAUAACAAAUUUUGUUGAUUUUUAA